AUGUCGCACUUACAGAUGAAACUCCUGCGCAAGAAGAUAGAGAAGCGGAACGUCAAGCUGCGGCAGCGAAACCUGAAGCUGCAAGAAGCAUCAAACACGAGCCUAUCCCAACCUUCCAAUGAAGAUGUGCCCAAAGAAGAGGUAAAGGUCAAAAAAAUUAAGAAAGCCGUAAAGCAUGCUGCGAGGGUGGGCUCAGCAGAAGCACAAAGUGGAGGCUUGCCUGAAGAGACAGUGGAAAACUCGAAAGUUGAAAAGUUACCCCAGAAACCUACUGCUUUAACCAAUGGAGAAACAGCAGCAGCGCCAUCUCCUGAUUCAGAAUCAAAAAAGAAAAAGAAGAAGAAAAAGAGGGAAAUGGCAAAUGACGCAGAGCCUGACACCAAAAAAGCAAAAACUGAAGAAAGCACUGUGGCUCUUGAAGCAGAAGAUGCUGUGGAGAAGCCAGAUGACAAGGAAGUGCCCAGCCUGCCCCUGGGGCUGACAGGGGCUUUUGAGGACACUUCGUUUGCUUCCUUGUCUAACCUCGUCAAUGAAAACCCUCUGAAGGCUAUAGAGGAAAUGGGCUUCAAGCGCAUGACUGAGAUCCAACAUAAAAGUAUCAGGCCACUUCCGGAAGGCAGGGAUCUUAUAGCAGCUGCUAAAACCGGCAGUGGCAAAACUCUGGCUUUCCUCAUCCCUGUGAUCAAGCUCAUUGUGAAGUUAAAGUUUAUGCCCAGGAAUGGAACAGGAGUCCUGAUUCUCUCUCCUACCAGAGAACUGGCCAUGCAGACCUUUGGUGUUCUUAAGGAACUGUUGAUGCACCAUGUUCACUCUUACGGGCUGAUCAUGGGUGGCAGUAACAGGUCUGCCGAAGCGCAGAAGCUCACCAAUGGUAUCAACAUUGUCGUGGCCACUUCCGGCCGGCUUCUAGACCACAUGCAGAAUACUCCAGGGUUCAUGUACAAGAACCUUCAGUGUCUCGUUAUUGAUGAGGCUGAUCAUAUCUUGGAUGUUGGAUUUGAAGAAGAAUUAAAGCAAAUUAUUAAACUUUUGCCAGUACGCAGGCAAACCAUGCUCUUUUCUGCCACACAAACUCGAAAAGUUGAAGACUUGGCAAGAAUUUCUCUGAAAAAAGAGCCAUUGUAUGUGGGUGUUGAUGAUGAUAAAGAGGUUGCCACAGUGGAUGGACUUGAGCAGGGAUAUGUUGUGUGUCCCUCUGAGAAGAGGUUCCUUCUGCUCUUCACAUUCCUUAAGAAGAACCGGAAGAAGAAAGUGAUGGUCUUCUUUUCGUCGUGUAUGUCUGUGAAGUACCACUACGAGCUACUGAACUACAUCGACCUGCCUGUCUUGGCCAUCCAUGGAAGGCAAAAGCAAAAUAAGCGAACAACCACGUUCUUCCAAUUCUGCAACGCAGAU